UGAGAGUGGAAUGGAAUGGGUUAAUCAUCUUGUCCUUUCUACUACUCCAAGUUUCAAUUUUUGAGAAGUGACGCUUCUAAAGUGUUCUUAAUCUUGCCGGCUUCUAAACACAACACAACCCCUCAAUCCCUCUUCCCAAGCAGACCUCCUUCGCCUUUCCCACAAAACAAACAAAGGGUAAAUUUCAAAAACCAUAAAAGCACAGCCCCGAUAAAAAAGAAGACACUUUUACAGUGUGUGUGUGAGAGAGAAAGUCGCUCGAUCUAAAGAAAACAGGAUCCCCCUCUCUCUCAUUCUCCGCGGCUGGAGGGAGGGCUUCAGAAAAAUGUCUGCUUACAGAGCUGAAGAUGACUAUGACUAUCUCUUCAAGGUUGUUUUAAUCGGAGAUUCUGGCGUUGGCAAGUCCAAUUUGCUUUCCCGCUUUACCAAAAACGAGUUCAGCCUCGAAUCUAAGUCUACUAUUGGCGUUGAGUUUGCUACUCGUAGUUUGAAUCUUGAUGGCAAGGUUAUCAAGGCUCAGAUUUGGGACACUGCUGGCCAAGAACGGUAUAGGGCAAUUACAAGUGCUUACUAUAGAGGAGCAGUUGGUGCCCUGCUUGUGUACGAUGUCACACGACACUCCACAUAUGAAAAUGUUGAGAAGUGGUUGAAGGAGUUGAGAGAUCACACCGAUCCCAACAUUGUAGUAAUGCUAGUUGGCAACAAAUCAGAUCUUCGCCACCUUGUGGCAGUGUCAACAGAGGAUGCAAAAUCAUUUGCCGAGACAGAGUCCCUGUAUUUCAUGGAAACCUCUGCCCUUGAAGCCACAAACGUCGACAACGCCUUUGCUGAAGUGCUUACACAAAUUUACCACAUAGUGAGCAAGAAGGCUAUGGAAACUAAUGAUGAUGCUGCUGCAUCAGCUGUUAUAGCGAAAGGGGAGAAAAUUGAUAUCAGUAAGGACGUCUCUGAGGUAAAGAAAGGCGGUUGCUGUUCCAGCUAGACUACCAAUCUCUGAAGCUGCUGCAGCAAACGAGCAGGCUGUCUCCUUUCUCGACAUCUAUUUUUACAUUUUGUUUUACAUAUAGUACACCGUGGUUGUGUGAAAUUUUUUCCAGGGAUGCAUAGAGGUAGGAUGGGGGGGAUUCAUGGGGAAUGAUUUGAUGUAUCUUAUUGUUUUGGUUACUGAUAUUUUUAACUUAUGAUGCCAAAAAUACUGAAGCUUAAGCUGAUUAAACUUGGACGUUUGGGAAUUACAGUUUUAUACUUAAUCGACUUUGAGGGACUUUUGUGUUUCUAA